AUGGAUCAGAAUCGAGGGUUUCGGGAAGUAGCGCCCCCCGAUGAAGCUGAGCAGCAUGCGCAGCGAAGUCAGCUAACCAUGAACAAAACCGGCAAGCGAAGCUACCAAAGAGCUUGUAAAGUUGCCCUGGCGAAGGGAGCAGCACUUUACAAAGGCCGACUUCUGACCGCUCAGGCUCUAGGAGCCCAUGAAGACCAAUUUGCAGUCUCUGAGAAGCCAGAGAAGCAAUCUUUUCAGCCGAUCAGACAGUAUCACCACAAAUUUGAAAUUGAGGUUUUAUCUUGGAACGCAGGUUCAAUAACGAGUCGAGUUUGGAAUGAGCUUCUGGCCAUUUUGGCAACACCAGAAUAUCAGAACAUCAAGCUUGUGCUGCUGCAAGAAUCCCACUGGCAGCAGGACCAAACCUACAGCUCAGGUCCAUGGUCAGUCCUCACCUGUGGCUCUGAGAGUAGACAUAAAGCCGGCCUCGUUGUCCUUGUGCAUCGAUCCGUGGCCCAGCUCUCAGAGAUUCGCAGCACCACCAUAAUUCCAGGGCACCUGCAGCAUGUCAUGAUUCCUUGGCAGAGGUCUAGGAUCCAUCUACUCAAUCUGUAUCAGCAUGUUUGGGACUCCAAACUCUCCAAGUUGGACAAUAGACGACGGAGGAAGGAUGUGCUGAGUCAACUUGAGACUCGCCUUCGCAGAGUGCCUUUGAGAGACUUUAUGCUUGUUGCCGGUGAUUUCAACUCACAUGCAGUCACAGAGCGUCCUUUCAUUGGGCCCAGUGUGCCUCGCCGAGCCAGAUUUGCCAAUGCAGAUGUUAGAUCGCUCCCAGAACUGUGCAGAUCUUGUGGGCUGACAGCGCUCAACACAUGGGCCUCCAGCCAGAAAAGCACUUAUGCAAACAGCGAUGGCACAUAUGAGUCUCAAAUUGAUUUUCUGCUAGUUCGACUGCAGGAUGCCCGGAGGCGGUCGAAGGAGGCUUCCUCCGAUAAGAAUUUUCCAGUUGCAGCGUACCGGGAUGGCUCCAAGCACUUCCCGGUCAGAGCCAAACUGUUUGUUCCUCCAUACAGUCCUCCCCCAAGCAAACCAAAGCCCUUUGAUGCCACUGCACUUGAUGCCAGCUUUAGACGAAAAGAUGAAGACUGGCAGGCUUAUUCCAAGCACCUAACAGCUGAAGUAGUUAAGAGUGUGGCUGAGCAGAACUCUUGGCAAUCGAUCGACAGGACGAUGGUUCGAGUCACUGCUGAGCAAUUUCCACCGCCUCGCAAGGCUCAGCCAGUUGCAGGGCCCAUUCAGCAGGCUUACUGGAAAAAGGUGCGCCAAAUUCAGGAGCACAAGCGAUCCGGUAAUGGGCAGUCUCCUGAGUGCCAACAGCUAAUCAGCGACAUAAAGACAGAGGCCCAAUCUUUCAAAAAGUUGCAGAAGCAAAGAAAACUUGAAAAGCAGGAGAGGCUCCUUCUUCAAGCCCAAGAGGACAAGAGACAGCAGUCUCACAAACUGUCCCAAGCCCUUAGAAAGCUGGCCCCAUGGAAACCUGCUCAAAGGGUCAAUCUCAGGGAUUCAGCAGGUGAGCCCCUAGAUGCGAAGGCCUCGACAAGUGCGAUGCGAGAGUAUUCGAGUCACAUCUUCUCCAAGGGAUCUCCCCUGGAUCCGGUGGCAGCCAGACCACGAGAGGCUGUCAAUGCCUCGCGGGUGGCCGGGCGAAUAGCGGCGGUUCCGGUGGGCAAGGCGGUUCCCAGCAUGUCGGCCCCGGUCUCGGCCUGGAAGAGCUUAGCGCCUGAGGCUCAUGUGAAGAUCGCUGAUCUGAUAAACACAGAGGUUUCUCAGUCAGAUGUCUCACCGUACUUGAAGGACCCCAGAAUUGCAUGGAUUCCAAAGCCGGGUAAGCCAGCUACAGCUAUGAAGAACUUGAGGCCCAUAGGAGUAAUAAGUGUUCCAGGCAAAGUGCUUGCAGGUGCUGUCAAGACUCGCAUAGCACCGGCACUGCAAGAGCGCUCACAGCUUGAGCCGCAGUUUGCAUAUAUUCGGAGGCGAGGGGUGCGAGAUGCCAUUGCAAAAGCGUGUCAGCAUCUGGAUCUCGUGCAGGAAAUGCGCCAAGAGCAUCGCCGGGAUAUGCACAAGGCACAGCAAGGUCAGAGAAGGCUCCCAUUGGCAGGGGCCUUAACAGUCUCCGUCGAUCUGAGCAAAGCCUUUGACUCUGUCAACAGACAAGAGUUGCUUGAAGCCUUAGACAAGCUCAACAUAGAUCAAACCACUAAGGACUUUGUUGUACAACUCCACUCCUGUACAUCGUACAACAUGGGCCACUAA